UAUUUUAAUCGCACCUCAACCAUACUAAUCCCAAACAACCCAGUUUUUACUAUGUUUUAUACCUGAGCACAUCCCUUUUCUAUCCACGUCAUACAAGCCCAGAAUAUCCCCUAUGCCGGUAAACGAGUAUUCAACUCCCGGCGGAGGCGGUAAGCUCAAGCUCAAAGGCUCCAAGGUCGCCGAUGGCCGAGUAGAGAAGAAGAAAAAGAAGAAGCAGCAGAAAGAAAGCAAGAAGGCAUCUUCCGAUAGGGACACAGAGCAGCAGCAGCAACAAGAACAACCAGACGAGACCACGACAAGGGAAUCGUCUCGUGUACCACCAGAGGAGGCUGAACGCCAGGAUGAAUCAUCACCGGGCGUUGAAUCCGCUGGCAAGACCGAGGCGGAGAGAAAGCAUGAAGAGAUGAGGAAGAAGAGACUGCAAGAACGCCUGAAACGGGAAGGGGUCAAAACUCAUAAGGAGCGCGUGGAAGAGCUUAACAAGUAUCUCAGCCGACUGAGUGAACACCAUGAUAUGCCCAAGAUUGGACCCGGUUGAAGGAAAUCAUUGCUGUGGCUAGGUUUAUAUAUCACUUUUUUCCAAAUUUUUUAGUUUGUUUUGUUCAAUAUCCUAAUUACAAAAGCCCUCUCCUGGUUGUUCGUUCCUUUUGAUCUAGAUCCAAAGGUGCCAGUCAUGUGGCGGUUUCGAACCUCUCUCAGCAAAUUUGGUG